CUGCAGGCCACCGUUGACAGGAGAAGGAGAAGAAGAAGGAAUUGUCUUCCAUCAGAGCAGGUUCUAUAGGUUCUUCACGGGCCUUCGUUUCGCAGCAGAAAGCACACAGCAGGUAGCCUGAAGAUGGAGGAUACCUAUCUUCUCGAUAUGCCAACCGUCAAGAAGAAGAUUCUUGCUGGAGGAACGGGGCCGAUGCCACAUUUUCCCUCCGGCACUAAGGUGGUGUUCCACUUCCAGACGCUGCUGGAUGACUUUGAGCGCACGGUGAUCGACGACAGCCGCCUGGCCAAGAGGCCGGCCGAGAUCUUUGUGGGCAAGAUGUUCAAGAUGGAGGUGUGGGAGAGUCUGCUGACGUCCAUGCGUGUGGGAGAGGUGGCCGAGUUCUGGUGCGAUGCGGUGCACACUGGUUUGUACCCUAUAGUGUCCAAGGGGAUGAGGCUGAUUGCCCAGGGGAAGGACCCUCUGGACGGCCAGAGGCACAUGUGUGGCUUGGGCAACAUGUUCCACUACCACUCCACGGGUUACCCAGAGCUGGACGAACUCAUGAGGACCCCCCAGCCGCUCAUCUUCAUCAUGGAGCUGCUGCAGGUGGGAGACCCCAUGUCCUACCAGCGUGAGUCCUGGUUGAUGGAGAAGGAUGAGAAGAUGCGCACCGUGCCUCUGCUCCACUUCCAGGGCAACUCGCUGGUCAAGAUGAAGCGCUACGAAGAGGCCGCCAGCAAGUACAAGGAGGCGGUCCUACUGCUUAAAGUCGUCCAAUCAAGGGAAAUGCCCGGCGACAUAGACUACAUCAACCUGGGCCGCAUGGUCAUCCCUCUAGAGCUGAACUACUGCCAGUGUAUGCUGGAGCUGGAGCAGUACUACGAAGUCAUCGAACACGCCAGCGAACUGCUAGGGAAACACAAAGACUGUGUGAAGGCCUACUACAAGAGGGCCAAGGCGCACGCGGCCGUGUGGAACGAGAAGGAGGCGCGGCGGGACUACAACAUGGUGCUGAACCUGGACCUGACGCUGGCGGGGCUGGUCCACCGCGAGCUCCGGGAGCUGUCGGACCGCAUGAAGGAGAAGUACUGGGAGGAGAAGGAGCAGUACUGGCAGAAGCUGGACAGCAGCCCCCGCGGCAGGGAGGUGGAGGAGACCAGCGAGGCGGAGGCGGAGGAGGAGGAGGAGGAGGAGGUGGAGGAGGGAGGAGGAGAUAAAGGAGAAGAGUGUGGAUCGAUGAAGAACGACGCGGGGGAAGAUGGGAGGCGUGGCCUGGAGAGUGCGAGCGUGGCGGUGAAGGACGAGGGAGAGGACGGGAGGAAAGGAAGGGCGUGUCAGGGGGGGGAGGGUGAGGGCCACGGGGGCGGGGUUGGUAAGGGUGAUGAUCAAGAGACAGGGCGUGGCACCGAGACGCAGAGAGAGCAGGUCGCCGGCGGACACGGCCGCCCGGAGGAGAUGGACUGGCAGCAGAUGCUGAGAAUGAUCAUGUUCCUUCAGGAAGAAGGCAACUUCCAUAUGAAAGAGAACCGCUACGAAGAAGCCUCGGGGAAGUUCAGAGAGGCCAUGGAGUACGUGGACUUCCUUCAGUACAAACUGGUCGACCAGAAGGGCGAGGACUGGCAGUCCCUGGAGAAGGUCCGCCUCCCGUUGACCCUUAACCUCAGCGGGUGUCUGCUGGAGCUGCACCAGUACCAGCAGGUGGUGGAGCUCAACACUAAGCUACUGAAGAAGCACAGAGGUAACUUCAAGGCCGUGUACCAGCGGGCUCGGGCCCACUCGGCCCUGUGCAACGAGGACCAAGCCCGCAACGAUUACCUCAAGCUGGAGCGCCUGGACCCCAAGUUCCAGCCGGUGGUCCGGCGGGAGCUGAAGAAGCUGGGGGAGACCCUGCGCCUCAGGCACGGCCAGCAGAAGAAGACGUACUGGGAAACGUCCCGGGAGAAAUGGGGCCCGGGCGGAACCCGAGCCAGAGCCGCCGCGGCGGCGGCUAGCGGGACCCCCAAGAAGAGUGUGACGUUCGCGACCGUCGAACAGCACCAGGAACAUGCCGGUGUUGGGGAGGGCGUCGGGUCCAAGGAGGCCAAGAGGGAGGAGGCCUCAGCCAGCGCCGACGCGGGACUGGAGGGAGCGGAGAGGGAGCCCCACCAGACGGAUGUGAAUCCAGAAGAGAGGGAGGAGGAGGGGGAAGACGCCAGGGUCGAGAGUCACAUGGGAGAGGAGAAGGACGAGGAGAGGAAGGAAGGAGAGGAGUGUUCCAGGGUGGAGGGUAAGAUGAAAGAGGCAGAGGAAGAGGAGGGGAGUGUAGAAGGAGCGGAGUGUGCCACGGAGGAGAGGAAUAUGGGAGAGGAAGGGAAGGAGGGGAGUGAGGAAAGAGUGGAGUGUGCCAGGGAGGAGAGUCACAAGGAAGAGGAACAGGAGGAGGAGGGAAGGAAGGAUGGAGAGGAGUGUGCCAGGGUAGAAAGUAAUGCGGACGAGCAGAGGGAUGAGGGAGAGGGGAGAGAGGAAAGAGGGGCGUGUGCCAUGGAGGAGAGUCACAAGGAAGAAGGGGAGGAGGGGAGGGAGGUUGGAGCGAAGUGUGCCAGGGUAGAAAGUUACACGGAAGAAGAAGAAGAGGAGAAGGAGAGGGGAGAGGAGGGGCGGGAGGAAGGAGACGCAGGAAAGGAAGGAGAGGAAGUAGAGGAAGGAGUGGUGUGCCAGGGUUCCGAUUAGUAAAGAAGCGAGCCUUGUGCUGCAGGGUUACAGGCGGGAUGCUCCAGAUAAUGGACUGAGAGACGGAGAUAGUGUCCCAGCGGCCACCAGUGCAGCCAAAGAUAAUGUUGCGAGCAAGCGAUCCGGUUUCGAUAAGGCCAGGAACAAGGUCAAAAGCCCAUCAAACGGCCGGGGCGGGGGUAAGGCACAGGCGAGCAGGGGAACAAAGCCGCCACUCGAUCAGAUGCAGCCAAAGGGAGCAAAUGAUCUCAGGCCAUCUCCGAGCCCACAGGGGAAGUGGAGCACAGACCAAGGUUAGAUGAAGGGGCCGAUAGGUCUGCCACUGAAUAAGAAGCUACACGAUGAGGAUCGAAGUAGUGAAAGCCAAGGCGAGGGAAGGGAGGAACUGUGAGCAGAGUCAGGCUGCAGGCCUGUGUCUUCCCUUGCAAGGGGGGGG